GGCCAUCUUUCGUCGAUACGGCGUCAAACGCGAGCGGCGCGGGGAGCCCCUCGCUUUGAAAUUCGCGGCUCCACCACGCGUCUGGAGGCUUCUGCGCCAGGCCGUGCUUCGGCACGCGUUCGCCGCACGUCGCGUUCGACGGAAGGCCCACCAUGCAGCCGUCCCAGCCGCAGCCGUUGCUCCGGGCGACCGCACAGACCCACCGGCAGAUGUGCCGCCCGGCGACGAGCUGCAAAAAAUCCUAGGGCCGGCGGCGGAGGCGUUCCACCAGGCCUGGAGCUGGGCGGCGUCGUAGCGGAGCGCCGACGCGCACAAUAGCGUAGUCACGAGGAGGAGGACGCGCAUCGUUUUUUUAGAGACCGAGGGCCCACUGCCCGAGCGGGUAUACGACAAAGACCAUAGCCAAUACUGCGAAGAGGAUGCCGUGGACGUCCACGUCGUCGUCGUUGGGUAGCGUUGGUGGCGGCGGCUGGCGGCGCGUCGGGCGCUCUCUUUUCCAGGGCUCCUUGCCGUUUUGAAUAGCCCACGUGUCGUUCCCGUUGUGCGCAUGUCGCGUCCGAGAAUUGCCUCUGCCCAUCGUUCACAGGGUCAGUGCAGCUUUUGCCUAUCUCACCGGCCCCCUAGGUCUGUUUUUUGGCACCAGCGUGGGUCGACAGUGUGUAACAGAAGAGAAACGAAUUCUUAAGCGUGAAUUCGUCGCACGCGCGCUCCUUGAAUUGAUGAACCCGAUUUGAUCCUGCCCCCAAACUCACAAAAACGCCGCCGAGCCCGCAAGCCCCAGCCAACGCACAAUGAUCCUCACAACUUGCGCCGCCUGCGCCGCCCCACUGGCCCACGACGCGCCGCGAUGCGUUAGAUGUAAAACGCGCUACUGCAACGCCACUUGCCAGCAUGACCAUUGGAAGACGUACGUGGGGCGGCCGGAGACGGGCGGCCAGGUUCGGCAAAUGGCGAUGAACCUGCUUGGGGCUGGCUUAUCCGAAGCAUACCACUUCGAGGACGCGUUGACCGUGUUAGAGGCCGAGUUGGCUAUGAAGCGGCGCCUUGGCUCAUCAGAGCAAAACAUUCUCGUCGCGCAGACCAAUAUUGCCUUAUGCUACUACAAGCUCGGGCGUCACCAAGAGGCCUUAGAUCUGCGCCGGGAGAUAUAUGCCAGAGGUUUGGCUCUUGGCGUUCCAAGUAAGGACUUAUUUAUUGACGUGCUCAACCUUUCUUGGUCGAUGAAAGAAUGCGGACUUUGUGCUGAGUCGAAAUCAUUUCUUCGCGAGCAGCUACCUGCGGCCCGCCGCGCGCUCGGCGCGGAUCACGACACCGUAAUACAACUUCGCUGGCAGCACGCGGAUGCCCUUCGUUUGAGCGACGGCGCCUCCCGCGACGACGUGGUCGAAGCCGUGACCCUUCUCGAGGAGCUCUCCCGGACGACCCAACGCAUAUACGGUACAUCGCAUCCUCUCGCAAACGACAUACGCAAUGCCCUCGGCUGGGCGCGAGAGACGCUCGCCGCGUUCGACACGAGUACUAGUAAGUAAACAAGAAACUACG